UAAUCAUUAACUUAUUUGAUGUAACGAUUGUGGUUAAUUUCGUUCAAGAUUAAAUAUUUUUACAAGCACUUGAUGUUCCAUUCCUUAACAAACUUGCACGGUCAUUCCAAUAAUUUCUUUACUCAAACAUUUAGACAACCUUGAUUCCUUUGACUUCUUAGUACAGUAGACCCGUCAAAUCGAUAUAUAGAAUUUUGUUUGUCAAAUAUUCUACAAAUUGCUGAAAUCCUACUAUGUCAAUAAGUCAAUAAUACAUCCACCUGUCGCUCCGUUAGACGUAUGCAGCGUUUGUCCACAUCGAAACACAAGCCGCUGGUGGAAAAACCGCGAGGAGUAUCGAAAUGGCUUCAGCAGCUGAUUGUAAAAUAUAUUGAUUUCAUAUAUACACAAGCCAACAGAGUACUGCGCUACAAAGUAUUAAUUAUUCAUUUGUCGUGAAGCUGCUUAACUCUGAGUAUACAAUUUUAUUUCAUGUAGUGUGAUUUUUUGCGCUAUCCAUUUUCACAUUUGAUACGACAGAGGUGCGAUCGGGAGUUGAGGAGUAACGUCGCCCGUUCCUGUGUUAAUGCUAGCGGUCUUCAUCUGUCGGACUGAUAUUGGUAAAUAUCCGAAAGAUUCAGUGUCUUGUUUAUAAUAAGAGAACUCAUCUACACACGUGUUCUUAUAGUCACAGGUCUUGUGUGUUCACAUUGCCCGGCGAUGAGGGAAACUCGAGUCAAACCUGUUCGCCCAAUAACACAUAGGCGACCUUAUUAGGAAAAUCGCAUCUCCGAUCUACUGAAGAGCGAGCGAAUGCAAUGGCCGACAUCUUUCGCAUAAUUUAUUCGCCCUACCGAAGCUGUUUUCGACUCGCCUCGCAGUGUGUUUUUCCCCGAUUUGAUUAUGAUUAAGACCGUAAGACAGUUUCGAACACAAAUUAUCAGUGCUUUUAAGAUGGCGCGUGGAAGAUAGCGACCACCACUGCUCGAAUUAAGUGAUGUAGAUUGGAGAAAAGUGACCAAAGUGCUACCGAAAUUAACUCUUUUACCGAUAACGGCCAUGCUUUAGCAAGGAUCACUCAAGUACACGCGAUUGCAGAGGAGAGCCGUUGUGUAUUAUCAUUUCAUGUAUAUAUUCUUCGUGUACCUAAGUGCACUAAUUUUCAAACUUAGAAUAUUUCACCGAUCUGAUUUAAACAAAAUAACAAAUAAAUAACCAUGCUGCUUUUGGAUUGAAAAUAUUUGUGAAAGGGGUGUUACGGACAUAUUAUACAAUUGACGGAUUAAUUUACUGCACAUUAUUGAAAUUAUUGCAUAGAUGAGUGAUCUUUUGGAAAUUAUCCCCAUCACGUGAGUAUGCAUGAAUGAGAAAGGGUACUUUGCUCGCUUUUUUUUCGAAGGAUGUCGAUAACUUUGGUCCAUUCGUGUGUAGGGUAACUCAGGAGCUUGUGGUCCUCUUGGACACAUGACCCGUAGGUCCAAAUGACAACUGGAGGAGGGCGUUUCGAUUUUGAGGAUGGAGGGACAUACUGCGGAGGCUGGGAGGACGGGAAAGCCCACGGGCACGGUGUGUGCACGGGGCCCAAGGGGCAAGGGGAGUAUUCCGGCGCCUGGCAGUACGGUUUCGAAAUUUCUGGUGUUUAUACAUGGCCGAGUGGAAAUAAUUACAAAGGGCAAUGGUUUCAAGGAAAACGACAUGGACUGGGCGUAGAGACAAAAGGGCGGUGGAUUUACAAAGGAGAGUGGACCCAAGGGUUCAAAGGUCGCUAUGGUGUCCGACAAAGUUUGACCUCCGGUGCUCGAUACGAAGGAACGUGGACCACGGGUCUUCAAGAUGGUUAUGGGUGCGAAACCUACGCAGACGGAGUUAUCAAUUUUGCUGUAGUCUUUAUGACUUCCAAAUGCUCUACUUCAAAGAUUGUGCGAAUCAUACCAGCACAGACGACGAGCUGCCUUAGUCGGAAGCUUCUCUGGAAUGCUUAAAUACAAAACAUGAUCAAAAUCCUCGUUUCCGGCUUAUGUUGCUGAGAUCGUCAAUAUUUAUUCUUUGUGUGUACAGUUUGGCACAGACGAACUAUGCAGCUUUUUCCGACAAGAGUGCAAAUUCUCUAUAAAUCAAUGAAACUUAUGUAAAGAAUACAAGAGCUUUGUUGUGUAAAGUGUGAUCUAUAUUCGACCGAUUGCGAUGUACAUAUGGCUACCUCCCUGCAGGGACACACAACAUGUUAUUGUAUGAAAGAAAAACUUGUCAUUGCUACAUGAACGCAGAACAAUGAAAAUUAACUUGAGGCAACCAUAUAUAAAAAGACUUUUAUUGAAUGCUCAGUAAAUAUUUCAUACAGACAUUUUUUCCAGUCAAUAUCAUAGCGACAUUAUUUCUGGGCUGAUCUUUUGUAUUGAAGACAAUAAGUUUAAUCUAUGGAAGUGGUCGCCGGUGUCUACAUCAGACAGUUUAUGUAUGGAUUUUGUGUUCAGUGGCAGCCUGUCGUGACCUUGUAGCCGGCCUGCUUUUCUCCGUAACUGACUUGAGUAUUUGAAAAUCGAUUCUUACUAUAAACCAUCGAUCCUAGUGCAGCAAAAUCGUCUAAAACACCCUGUAAAUCAGAUGACUGUCCAUAUUUACCUUGUAUGCAUGUAUUGAUCUCGGUACGGACUAACUAAUAUUGACAAAAUACCAUAUGUACCGGUAAUCACGUAAACCACGUGGCAAUGUUGGAGAAAGAGAGCUACUUUUUUAACUCUGUGUCAACUUGACUGAGAACGACAUGUUUUUAUUCGUGUCAUCUGAGUCACCUUUUUGAAUGAAAAGCUUUGAGUUAAGCCAUGAACUUUAAUCUAUACUGAAGUGUUAACUAGUGUGUUUUGUAGAUGUUGUUAUAAAGCUAUAACCAACAAAUGAUCAACUCUUGUCAAUGAAGCAAGUAAAUUUUAGGCCACAACCUCUUUCUUUUCAAGCCUGGUGUGAUGUGAUAUUCCUCCUCCUACACUGGGACUCCGUUUGUCCAUUGUCUGACCACUGAUUGCUUUGGCUUUGUACCUCAAAAGUCCCAUACAACUCUUACUUAAUGAUGAAAGUAAAUGUCACUAACGGCUUGUCUUGAAUUCGGACGACCCCCAAACGUAUUGACGUCAUGACUUACACAAGGUUGAUCUUGUGUUACUUAGACUUUGGGUUCUUGUUUCAUUCGCUGUUCAGCACUCUUUCCAUGGUAAGUGUAAUGAGAUAGGAUGGUGUAAGUUUACGUUUCUUGACACUGAACCGUUUAAAAUGGCAAGGUAUGGUUUCAUUUCUGAUGCUUUAUAAAGCAAAGAACAGUGUUGGUGUGAGUGAGGGAUGUCUUUUUCACUCGGGGGAUUAGAAUUGCGUGUCCUUGAAACAUUCA